GCCACGCAGGAAGUUGCGUCACGUAGAGCGCAGUGCAUUGUGGGAUACGUUGUGGUGUCGCUUCUCAGCAGCGCUGGAAAGUAAAAGAUGGCGGCCUCCUCGUCUUCGGGAAGCGGCCCUGGACCCUCAGGAUCCGGUAACCCCGGUGGAGCCUCAGGACUAACUGCGUCCAUUACCGGCACCAUGAACAAGAAGAAGAAGCCGUUCCUGGGCAUGCCGGCCCCGCUGGGUUAUGUGCCGGGUCUGGGCAGAGGUGCUACAGGUUUCACCACUCGUUCUGAUAUUGGUCCUGCUCGUGAUGCCAAUGAUCCGGUGGAUGACCGCCAUGCCCCACCAGGGAAGAGAACAGUGGGCGACCAGAUGAAAAAGAAUCAGGCAGAUGAUGAUGAUGAAGAUCUGAACGACACAAAUUAUGAUGAGUUUAAUGGUUAUGCCGGAAGCUUGUUCUCCAGUGGCCCCUAUGAGAAGGAUGAUGAGGAAGCUGAUGCCAUUUAUGCUGCCCUGGACAAGAGGAUGGAUGAGAGGAGAAAAGAAAGAAGAGAGCAGAGAGAGAAAGAGGAAAUUGAGAAGUACCGUAUGGAAAGGCCCAAAAUCCAGCAGCAGUUUUCUGAUUUAAAGAGGAAACUAGCUGAAGUGACAGAAGAAGAGUGGCUAAGCAUCCCAGAGGUCGGAGAUGCCCGCAAUAAGCGCCAGAGAAAUCCUCGCCAUGAGAAAUUGACUCCAGUUCCUGACAGCUUCUUUGCCAAACAUUUACAGACAGGAGAGAAUCAUACAUCUGUUGAUCCCCGGCAGACGCAAUUUGGAGGUUUAAAUACUCCCUUCCCUGGAGGACUAAACACUCCAUAUCCUGGAGGUAUGACCCCUGGGCUAAUGACGCCUGGGUCUGGAGAUCUGGAUAUGAGGAAAAUUGGUCAGGCCAGAAAUACUCUUAUGGACAUGAGGCUGAGCCAGGUUUCAGAUUCUGUCAGUGGUCAGACAGUGGUGGAUCCUAAAGGUUACCUGACUGACUUGAACUCCAUGAUCCCAACACAUGGGGGAGACAUCAAUGAUAUUAAGAAAGCCCGUCUGCUACUAAAGUCUGUACGGGAGACUAACCCUCAUCAUCCACCUGCCUGGAUUGCCUCUGCUCGUCUUGAAGAAGUUACAGGCAAACUACAAGUGGCCAGAAACCUCAUUAUGAAAGGCACAGAGAUGUGUCCGAAGAGUGAAGAUGUUUGGUUGGAGGCCGCUCGGCUGCAGCCUGGAGACACAGCAAAAGCUGUGGUGGCUCAGGCUAUUUGUCACCUCCCACAGUCUGUACGGAUCUAUAUCCGAGCUGCGGAGUUGGAAACUGAUCUCCGAGCCAAAAAACGUGUCUUACGGAAGGCUCUUGAACAUGUUCCAAAUUCUGUGCGUCUGUGGAAGGCCGCGGUGGAGCUGGAGGAACCAGAGGAUGCCCGUAUCAUGUUGAGCCGUGCUGUGGAGUGCUGUCCCACCAGUGUGGAGCUGUGGUUGGCCCUUGCCCGGCUUGAGACUUACGAGAAUGCCCGAAAAGUCUUGAAUAAAGCACGUGAAAAUAUUCCCACCGACAGACAUAUUUGGAUUACAGCUGCCAAACUGGAAGAAGCCAAUGGGAACACUCAGAUGGUGGAGAAGAUCGUAGACAGAGCUAUCACCUCCCUGAGAGCCAAUGGAGUAGAAAUCAAUCGAGAGCAGUGGAUACAGGAUGCGGAGGAGUGUGAUAAAGCUGGCAGUGUUGUGACGUGCCAGGCGGUAGUGAGAGCAGUCAUUGGAAUUGGCAUAGAAGAGGAGGACCGAAAGCACACAUGGAUGGAGGAUGCUGAUAGUUGUGUCUCUCAUGGCGCCCUGGAGUGUGCCAGAGCCAUUUAUGCACAUGCCCUUCAGGUUUUCCCCAGCAAGAAAAGUGUGUGGCUUAGAGCAGCAUAUUUUGAAAAGAACCACGGUACAAGGGAGUCACUGGAAACCCUCCUGCAGAGAGCUGUUGCCCACUGUCCUAAGGCUGAAGUUUUAUGGUUGAUGGGUGCAAAGUCCAAGUGGCUUGCAGGUGAUGUGCCAGCUGCUAGAAGUAUUCUUGCACUUGCGUUCCAGGCUAACCCCAAUAGUGAAGAGAUCUGGUUGGCAGCCGUCAAGUUGGAGUCUGAAAAUAAUGAGUAUGAGAGAGCUCGAAGGCUGCUAGCAAAGGCUAGGAGCAGUGCUGCUACUGCUAGGGUGUUCAUGAAAUCAGUGAAGCUGGAGUGGGUGUUGGGGAACAUUGAAGCUGCUCUGGAGCUGUGUGGGGAGGCCCUCAGCCACUAUGAAGAUUUCCCCAAACUCUGGAUGAUGAAAGGCCAGAUUGAAGAGCAACGGCAGCAGAUUGAAAAUGCCAGAGAGGCUUAUAACCUAGGGCUGAAGAAAUGCCCUCACUCAGUCUCCCUUUGGCUAUUGCUUUCCAGACUGGAGGAAAAUGUGGGGCAAUUGACAAGGGCAAGAGCUAUCCUGGAGAAGUCGCGUCUAAAAAACCCUAAGGUUCCUGAAUUAUGGUUGGAGUCUGUGCGACUGGAGUUCAGAGCUGGUUUAAAAAAUAUUGCGAAUACCCUGAUGGCAAAAGCUUUACAGGAAUGUCCGAAUUCAGGUAUCCUGUGGGCAGAAGCAAUAUUCUUAGAGGCCAGGCCUCAAAGGAAAACCAAGAGUGUAGAUGCCCUCAAGAAAUGCGAGCAUGACCCACAUGUGCUUCUAGCGGUUGCCAAACUGUUCUGGAGUGAACGCAAAAUAUCUAAGGCUCGCGACUGGUUCCACCGCACUGUAAAGAUUGAUUCUGAUCUUGGUGAUGCCUGGGCGACUUUCUACAAAUUUGAGCUGCAGCAUGGUACAGAGGAGCAACAAGAGGAGAUCAGGAAGCGAUGUGAGAACGCUGAGCCACGGCACGGAGAGCUAUGGUGUGCCGUAUCCAAAGACAUCAUGUAUUGGCAGAACAAACUUGGAGAAAUUCUCACCUUGGUGGCAUCAAAAAUCAAGAACACCUUUUAAGCCAAUAUCAAUAUGCUGUACAUAACCUCUCUGCUACCCCCACCUUACCCUCAAUAUAUUAUAUUUUAGAUUGUGUUAUUUUCAUCACAUUUGGUGAAGCAUAAUAGCCCAUUCUUGUUUCCAGGCUUGUGAGCAGAGGUCAGUGAUAAUUGUUGCAGUGCGUAGACCUCUGUUUACAGUACAUACAAAGAAAGUCGGGUCUUUCUAAGACCAAGCGAUGGAUUUUCUAUGAAAAUUCGAUUAUGAGGAUCUGUUUUUUGCUCUGUGGUGGAUCAUGAACUGUGUCAAUCCUGAAAUGCAAUUAUUAUAAUUUUUUUUUUUUUAAAUGAAGCUCUAUUAUGGCCACUUGGGGCAGCAGUACCCACCUUUGCUAUACAUAGGAUUUUAAGGCUAGUUAACCAUGUGUUAUGUCAAGUUGCUGUGCUGUAUAGCUUGUUUUAUGCUUCCCUUGUGCUGUCUAAAAAAAAUGCCCUUUCAGUGGGUAUUCUGUGUCUUGGCAUCUUAAUGUGAGGAUGUAUAAAGUGGUAGUUGUCAA